AAAAGUGAUGAUUUCGACGACUAGGCCGUCAACCUCGUGUUGAGCGGCAAACCACACCCGCUUCAAUGGGCCCGGCCCAAUAAGCCAGCGGAGCGGGUGCUAAUCGGCCUAGCCGGCCGGAGCACGACGCGGCUGUCUCCGGCAAAGACCAGGCGGUCGACGAGCCGCCGGAGACGGAGACGACAUGAGUAGGUUAGGGUUGGGGGUGCGGGGGCCUCGCCUGCGUCGGAGAAGAUGCGGUGGUGCGGGGUGUUUGAAGGGAUGGCGGCGCCCUGCUGCCAACACCGGCCGCGGAUGGCCGGAAGCGGCGGUUGGUGCCGGUGCCAGUGCCAGCGGGUUCGACGAGCGGGCGCGGAUGGACGGCGAUGGUCCAAGCAAGGGACAGAUACCCCCACUGCCUCACACUCUCACUUGACCGCUUCAAAGGACGGAUACAGAGUCCAGGUCCAGAUGCGCCGCAUCCCCUUCAAUCCAAAUCAUGACGAAGCGGUGGUCAGCCUCGAGGUUUUUCGAUCGACGACACAGUUGACUCGCACAUUCCCUGCCUGUUCGACCGAGGAACGAAGGAAGUACUUAGGAAGCAUGUCCACAUGACAAGUCGACUGCGAUUUGAAGUUGAAUCGCAACCAAGCUGUUCCCUUGUGCCAAUCUGGAACCUGGAAAUUAACAUGGCUCUACUCCUCCAUCUGCUCUCAUCAAUGGCAUGGUAGCACAAAACGAUGUCCGGUCCUUAUCCUGGUAGUAGCUUUCUUUUCUAUUGACCGGCUGACUGGUCACAGAUUGUUGCACUUGCUAUAUACUAAUAUAAAUAACCCUAUGCUAUUGUGAAACUACAACUUUCCUGUGGACAAUACAUGCUAAGUUCAGUGUUUUAUGAUCCGGAGUAGAAUAGCAUGAUUAGUCUGCACCAUACUAAUAUCACUGAAAUAACUAGUCCCCUACUUAAAUCUUUCCUGCCUUUGUUUGAAUAGUUCGGGAUUUUCUAGUAUGCCAUGUUGUGGAUGUGGCGAGUCUCUCUGGUAUAUGUUCGGAAUUUAAAUAACGUUAUGAAUGUCAUACAUUUAUAUCUUUAUAAUAUAGAUUUAUUCCUUCCACUGGUGGUAUGGACACGGAAAAUCAGUGGACCAUUCUUGUCGAUGCCAAAUGUAUAUUUUUUUGGAGUGAAAAAUCAAAGACGGUGAGAUAUUUGUUUUGCUUUGAACAUGAGACCUUUCAACAUUUGUUCUGUGGCUAUCCUUUGCCCUGAGCUGCUUGGUGUGCUGUUUAUUUUGCGGUCAAUAUUACUCCCGGGGGUGGCAUGUCACAUAUUUUCGUCCACUAAAGCACUCGGCGAGUGCAUGCUGAAUCUCUCAUCACUUUUUCCCGCCAACAGCGCCGUAACUGCUGCUGCUUGGGCCUUCAUCUCGCCCAUGGCUUUGAUUUCUCUUCCCACACGAACUCGGCCUUCCUGUUCAGUUUCAACUUCCGGUGAUGCCAGGAACUUCAAUUUACUAAAGUUCUUGCAAUUAUUAGUGGUUCUGUGGCUUUCUAGGUGUGCCUUCUUCACUAAACAAUAGCACAGUGAUCCUAAGAUCCUCAAUUUUCCCGACAUUUUCUUGCCCCAAAUUCCAAGAACAUUACAAUGUUCUUUUACCAUACAACAGCCCUCCUGUAGCAAGUUGAUGUAACGGAGCCCCCAAUUAUUUCUCCUGGUACACCAACCACCACAAUGGUGCUCCCAACCUUACCAGUUACCCUCAUAUUCCUCACACUGUUAGCUUUCUUGUCGAUUGCCAUGGCGGCUGAUAGCAACUCCAUGGCCUCUGGCCUCAUCCUCCUAAAUUGCGGAGCAUCAGGCCAAGGCGAUGAUGAUAUUGGUCGUACUUGGGAUGGGGACAUCAGCUCCAAGUUCGCACCAUUACUGGAAGGAGUUGCAGCCAAUGCUGCAUACGAAGACCCUUCACUCCCCUCUAUGGUCCCUUAUAUGACCGCACGCAUAUUCACUUCAAAUUACACCUAUUCCUUCCCUGUGACCGCAGGCCGCGUGUUCUUACGCCUCUACUUCUAUCCGAUUGCUUACGGAAACUAUGUUGUCUCCGAUGCCUUCUUUGGGGUCACGGCAGGAAAUCUUGUACUCUUAAAUGGUUUCAGUGCUUCGCAAACUGCUCAGGCGACCAGUUCUGCCUACCUUGUGCGUGAAUACUCGGUGAAUGUUUCUUCAGGCAGCUUGGACCUCACCUUUGCCCCAUCAACACAUCAGACUGGUUCUUAUGCAUUUGUGAAUGGCAUUGAGAUUGUGCCCACACCUGACAUCUUCACGACAGCUGACACAAAAUUUGUCAGCGGCAAUCACACAGAUUUAUUCAAAUUCACCGCUGACACAGGCUUCCAGACUAUGUAUCGGAUCAAUGUCGGGGGGCCAUACAUUUCCCCGAAAGAUGACUCGGGCUUUUACCGCUCAUGGAUCAAUGAUGCCCCGUACAGAUAUGAUGACUCUGGGGUAACCUUCAGCAAAGAUGAUAAUGUGACUAUCAGGUAUACACCCACAGUGCCGAAUUACACUGCACCAGUUGAUGUAUAUGCUUCAGCUCGGUCGAUGGGGCAAAAUCCACAUGUAAAUCCGAAUUUCCAUCUGACACACAAACUGAACUACAACCUUACAUGGAUUUUACCGGUUGAUGCGGGGUUCUUUUACCUCCUAAGGUUUCAUUUCUGUGAGAUUGAGUAUCCCAUUACCAAGGUGAAUCAGAGGGUGUUCUUCAUUAACAUUAACAACCACGCCGCGCAGCAGAAGGUGGAUGUUAUCCUUUGGAGCGGAGGAAUCGGUAGAACAGCAUACAGAGACUAUGCUAUCAUGGCUACUGGUUCCAGUAUGGUAGACUUGUGGAUUGCACUUGAAGCUGAUUUUUCAGACCAACCAGAGUUUACUGAUGUAAUACUGAAUGGUCUUGAGGUCUUCAAGCUACAGGGCUAUGGAACGAACAAUCUUGCUGGGCUCAAUCCUCCACUUCCGCAGAAACCUAGUGGUGCAAGAAAAUAUAAAGGUGAUAAACUAGCAGCCAUAUGGGGAACUACCGGAGGUUUUGCUUUGAUUUUGAUUGCCCUUACCAUCACGUGUGUUAUCUCCAGACAGAAGAAGGUAGGGAAGAGUUCUUUCAAGACUGACUGUCGACAUUUGAAUCGUCCCACUGAAUGCAGAGAGUCCACAUGUGAUCUCGUCCGUCGCUUCUCAUUUGCAGAAAUUCAACUUGUCACCAAAGACUUCGAUGAAGCAUUUAUCAUCGGCAGAGGUGGUUUCGGAAAUGUCUACAGUGGCGAGAUCGACGGACGGACAAAAGUUGCAAUCAAGCGAUUCAACCAGAAAUCCCAACAAGGCUUUCAUGAGUUUCAGACUGAAAUCGAGAUGUUAUGCAAUUUCCGCCAUCGCCACCUUGUAUCUUUGAUUGGCUACUGUGAGGAGAAGAAUGAGAUGAUUCUGGUGUAUGACUACAUGGCUCAUGGAACAUUCCGUGAGCAUCUGUACAACACUGGAAACCCACCACUGCCAUGGCAGCAGCGCCUUGAGAUUUGCAUUGGUGCAGCCCGAGGACUGCAUUACCUCCACACCGGCACAGAGCAAGGAAUCAUCCACCGUGAUGUCAAGACCACCAACAUCCUACUAGAUGAUAGGUUGAUGGCAAAGGUUUCCGACUUCGGUUUGUCUAAGGCUAGUCCAGACAUUGACAACAGCCACAUGAGCACCGUCGUGAAAGGCACCUUUGGAUACCUUGAUCCUGAGUACUUCCGGCUGCAGCGUCUCACCAAAAAAUCAGAUGUGUACUCCUUCGGGGUCGUGUUGUUUGAGACCCUGUGUGCGCGCCCUGUGAUAAACACUGAGCUCCCUUAUGAGCAAGUGAGCUUGCGUGACUGGGCGCUAUCUUGCCGAAAGAAAGGUGUACUCGAGGAGAUUGUCGACCCCUGUGUUAAGGAGGAAAUCACCCCUCAGUGCUUCAGGACAUUUGCAGAGAUAGCGGAGAAAUGCGUUGCUGAUCGUAGCAUAGAUAGGCCAUCAAUGGGUGAUGUACUCUGGAACCUUGAGGUCGCACUCCAGCUGCAGGAUAGUGCGAGCUACAACAGCAGCUGUGCCGAGGGUGCAUCAUCUCUUCAGACCAGCGGAGUGCAUUCAGGCAAACCAUCGACCAACUCAACAAUUAGCGUCUCAGCACAGGAGGCCAUAUUUUCAGAUAUUGUACAUCCAGAAGGCCGAUAAAAGUAAACCACAGGUUGCUAUUUUGUUAUUUUGGUACAAGGUUGUUCAAUGCCUCAGUUAUCUCGAUGCAGCAGUAUUAACUACAGCCAUAUCUGACUGAGCUAUCAAGGAUAAAGGAGGGAUCCACAAUAGACAUAUUACCUGAUUUUAAGCACUCUCCCUUCUCCGAGUCAAUGAAGAACUCGUCAACAGUGCAAUCGAUCUAAUUGGGGUUAUAAGGGUGCCCAGUUGAUAUUCAGCGUCAUCCUUUCUGUUUCUCAGCGUCUUAUCCAGCUUCUUGUUGAGAAGCCGCGUUUGAGAUGGCAUGGCCAAGAAGCCGACGACGCCACCGAGGCACUCGUAGCCUCAUCUCGGUGCUAUGCAUCGCCAGAUAUAUGGAGCUAGUGGGGCCAUAAUUACAGAGUGAAAGGUAGACAUACGGUUUUUAUUGAUAGUAUGCCUAUUCGACAAAAUGCCCAUUCAUUUUACAUAAUCUUGCAACUUUCGCAUAGUCUGUAAUCAUCGAUUUUGCACUCGAAUAUUCAUGCGUUUCCUUUA